AUGGAAAGCGACAGACAGAGAACAGAGAGAGAGACCCCGCCUCAGCCCUGGAGAAGCUACAAGUUGAUCAUUGACCCCGCUUUGACUAAAGGACUCUACAAAGUCUUCCGUUAUGAUGGACUGUUCUUCAACAUCCCCGACUUAGGUCUGUUUCCUGUGGAGACGCUCAGAGAUCCACGCAUCAGCCGCUUGUGGAGCAAAUCCAACAAGACCGAGCUGUCAGUGCCUAAGUUUAAGGUUGAUGAGUGGUACGUCGGCCCCGUUCCUCCCAAAGAAGUGACAUUUUCCAGGUUGAAUGACAACGUAAAGGAGGCCUUCCUGACUAACAUGUGUGAAAAAUUUGGGAGUAUUGAAGAAGUGGAAAUAUUUUACAAUCCCAAGAACAAGAAGCAUUUAGGGAUCGCAAAGGUCAUUUUUGACACAGUGCAGGCCGCAAGAGACGCUACUCAGCACCUCCAUCAGACGUCAGUGAUGGGAAAUAUCAUCCAUGUGGAAGUUGAUCCUAAAGGGGAAAACCGGACACGAUAUCUCCAGCUCCUCUUACGUGGCCUUUAUAAUCCCUGGACGUUGCCAGUGGGCAGCAAUGAGCAAGCUCUGCAAAACUUGAUUGACAGUUUGCUGGUAAACACAGAGUCUAGCAGCGCAGCCACACAGCAGCAAGGGAGUGUUUCCAGCCCCACCAGCAUUGCUACACCCCUCUCUAUGGACACAGCUUACUCAAGUCUUUGGCAGGAUACACCUUGCAGCUUUGGCCUCACGCCACGUUCUCAGGGAACCCCCCUCACCCCUUGCCUGUCUGUGACUCCUCUCUCCCAGGACUCUUGCUACUCUAGUCUUCAGGCAACUCCGGUCCUCCAGGGGGAGCCCUCCUCCAGCUAUAGUGUUCACAAACCUUUAAGGCGAGAGCUCUGCCGUCUGAAACCUGCGAGGUAUCGCCGCAGAUACAGCAACGUCUCUGACGUCAACUUCGUUUUGAAGCAUUGUCAACCACAGCCACCACACGCCCUUUCUUUUCAAAUACAAUCAGGAAGCCAGCAGUUUGAACUACGGGGUCACAAUGCUCAAUCCUCCACCCACAUUAAUACACAACCUUCAUUUGACCUCACCUCCCCCUGUAAAGAGCCCAGAGAUGUGAUCACGGCUACCUCAAAGACUUUACCCCCGACCUGUCACUCUUUUAGCAUCCUGAGCAUUAAUUUCCCAGCUGAUGAACAGACAGCAGCAUCCUCCCUACCUGAGGACCAUGCAUUCAUAACAGAAUUAUCUCCAUCUGCUGGAAACUGCUCCUCCAGCAGUCCCCGACCAGAGGUGGAGAGUUUGGACUCCCGCAUUGAAAAUUUGCUGAUCAACCGCCAGAGCACUGACCCCUCACACUUUGACAGACAGACUUUGGUGGCUGAAGAGCACUCUCGGGAAAGCCCCGCCUCGCCUUGCUCCGCUCAUAACUCCUCUUUCUCAGAUGACUCCAGGGAUCGGCUGCAUGACAGUCAAGCGUCUCUCAGUGAAAAUGAAGACGAUGAAACUACUGAAGCUGUAUCGUUUCUCACAAGAAACGCCCAGUCCCCCACUGCAUCAGAUUUCCCAGAUUUUGAGAGGAGGGCACACAUGAACAAUGAUAAAGAUGCUAAAACUAUCCAGUCAUUAUCACAUCCAAAGGAGCAUCAUGCAGUGAAUGAGGAACACUCAGCCAACAGACCGUCUGGAGCUCUGACACCAACAGAAGACGGCCCCUCACUCCCUCAGCCUCCCACUGCAAUAACAGCGGGAUGCCCUCAUCCACCAGCCACAUCUUUCCCUUUCCCUGUUCCUCCCUUUCCCCCACCUCGCCUGCCAGAUGGCACCAUCCCCAUCCCACCUCCAGGCUGGAUUCCCCCUCCUGGCCAUCAUAUUGGUAUCCCCAUCCCUCCUCCUCCUAUACCACCUCCUACUUCUAUUCCUCCCCUAACCACUUUUUUGGGACCCCCUCCACCUUUAAUGGUGCCACCUUCUGUUCCCCCUCCUGUGCAGACAUACCAUUUAUCCAUGCAGCCUACAAGCCGUUUGGCUGAGAGGAGUCCUCCGAGGCAUGGCUUCCUUCAACCGCCCUGGCCUGCUCCUCGUUUCCCUAGGUUUAACCCAUUUGUGCCACCACCAGACUACCUGCUGGUGCGGGAAGACCCUCAUAAGGUCACAGUAGAUAAAGUUUUAGAAGUCCUCAUGGAUGAACUAAAGUCAAUCAUUAAGAAGGACAUUACACGUAAAAUGAUUGAAGGGGUUUCUUUCAAGGCAUUUGAGGACUGGUGGGACUGUCAAGAGAAGAAAUCAAAGGUUAAAAGGAAAAGAGCAGAUGAUCUUGCCACACCAAAAGAGACAGACGCUGUGUUGUCCUCUGCGCAUGAAAUUUCUGAUCUAAAACAGGUGGAUGACACAAUGAAACCUGCAUCGGAGAGGCCUAAACGCAGACAUGCAAGGCCGCACGAGCUAGACAGUGAGGAUGAUGAUGUUGAAGGGAAAGAAACAGAAGAAAUGAUGCCAGACAAGAUGAAGGCUAUUGUGCCUGAAGACAGCGCCUCUCAGAACCUGUGUGACAGAGGAAAUGACAAUGAUGAUGAGAGUAAUCACACCGAGGAAGAAUUCAAAGUGGCACAAAAACCUUUAGAGGAUGAAUUAGCCGUCACUUCCCACAUCAGUGAUGGAUUGCAGUGCUUGGAUGGCGAGAUUUUUUCAGACAGCUGCUCCUCAGGGGAAAGUGAGUAUGAGUCGUCAGACUUUGACUCCGCUGACUCCUUCUCCUCAGGCAGCUUUGAGGACUCGUCCUCCUCUAACCUCAGUCCUGAAGAUGAUGAAGCCAUGGAGGAGGAGGAAGAGCACAACAGGAGUUAUGGGUGUAUAGUUAUAUCGUCAGAUGAAGAGUCAAUGGAGCUGGAGCCUUCCCUUGACUCAGCGGCCCCGCUAACCCCCGGUGCUCAGCUUGAUCUUUGCCUGCAGGACUGGUCAGAUCCACUCCACACGGAGGAUAGAGAGAACCAGUGCACAGACUGUCAACAAGACUCACAAGACUUUGAUGCUCUGAUGGAGCUCCAAACCAGUGCACCCCAGGACCUACAGCCCCCAUCUCCUCUUGGACUUCCAGCAGCUGAGCCGUACCUCGACUCGGAUAUGGAGAGCCCUGAAUGGUCGCUGGAGUCUCUGGAAACCAUGGAAAACCUGAGGCCUCUCACCCCCACUGGCUGCUUGGUGGACAGUGACCCUGACAUCCUGAUUAAAAGCAAACCAACAUCUCCGGCUGUGGAGGAGGUGGAACGACCACAAACACCAGGCAAGAGGACUGUGGCUGAGCUAGAAAGUGAGGACUCAAAUGAAGCCAGUGAAUUCUUGUUCCGUUCCCCAGUGAGGAGCGAGCUCAUUCUAGCUCCCUCUGACCUCCCAGCGUCCUCAUAUCAUUUGUACCAGGAGGUACCGAAAACUCCAGCUCUGUCCAACAAUCCGUAUAUAAUAGCUCCAAAGACUCCUGGAAGAGACAUUGUCCUACCCCAAAGAGCAGUCGUCCACAGGAGGAAAACACAAAUGGUGGCCACCUCACAGCCCCAGUGUCGUCCUCACAGGGGGCGCUCAUGGCGUGAGGAGAGGAGAAUCGUUCAUAGUGUUUGGAAGGAGGGUCUGGAUCAAGAAGAUGCGAGGCUGCUGCAGUCGACAUAUGAGAGGCUGCAAGAGCAACAUAAUGGGCUUGGGUGGCUCAGUGACACACUCUGGAUACCUCACCCUCCCCUCACAGAUCAGAGUGAGGAACAAAAUUCGUGGCCAAACCACAGGACCGGCUCUGCUCGCAGUGAAGGUUUCUACAAAAUCAGCAGGAAGGACAAAUUGAAAUAUCUCAAAAACACAAAGCUGGACGCUGAGCUUCCAUCCACGAGUACUCAGGGAACUUCUAUUCCAGCCCAGCAACCCUCCUCACUGCUGCGUGCUGGAUCUGACUUCAGGUCUGAACAGCGCCGCCUGCUGUCCUCUUUCAGCUGCGACAGUGACCUGGUCAAGUUCAACCAGCUGCAGUUUCGAAAGAAGAGGAUUCGUUUCAGUCGGAGUCACAUUCAUGAGUGGGGCCUGUUUGCCAUGGAGCCUAUAGCAGCAGAAGAGAUGGUGAUUGAGUAUGUGGGACAAAUCAUCAGACAGGUCAUUGCUGACAUGAGGGAGCAGAGAUAUGAAGAGGAGGGCAUCGGCAGCAGCUAUUUGUUCCGGGUUGAUCAGGACACCAUCAUUGAUGCCACUAAAUAUGGGAACUUAGCCAGAUUCAUCAACCACAGCUGCAAUCCUAACUGCUACGCUAAGAUUAUCACUGUGGAGUCUCAGAAGAAGAUCGUGAUAUAUUCCCGGCAGCCGAUAAGCAUCAACGAGGAGAUAACAUACGACUACAAAUUUCCCAUCGAGGAGACAAAGAUUCCUUGCUUGUGUGGAGCAGAAAGCUGCUGCGGCUCCUUGAACUGA